UUGACGCGACUCUGAGGCCGUCCGGCAGCUUAUAAAGUCAGGCCGAUUCGAAACAGUCUUGUUAUUCGAGUGAAAGAAAAGUUUGCGCGAUGAAGGACGAUCUUAAGUACUUGUCAGGAUUCGGUUGUGAAUUCGCGAGCGAGGAUGAACGUUGUCCUGGGUCGCUUCCGGUUGGUCAGAAUAGUCCUCAAAAAUGUCCAUACGGUUUGUACGCCGAACAAUUGUCCGGCACUGCUUUCACUGCGCCGCGUUUGGAAAAUAAAAGAUCCUGGCUUUAUCGCAUAAGGCCGUCCGUUACUCAUGAACCGUUCGCUUUGCUCGAGGAUGCUCGCGGAAGUCUCACUUGCAACUGGGAUGAAAUUCCGCCGAAUCCAAAUCAGAUGCGAUGGAAGCCGUUUGACGUUCCAACGCGUCAAGAUCCGGAAGUCGAUUUUAUUGACGGUUUACAUGCGAUUUGCGGCGCGGGUGAUCCGCGCGUCCGUUCCGGAAUUGCUAUACAUGUUUAUCUAUGCAAUGCGUCCAUGCAUGACAAGGCCUUUCAAAAUUCCGACGGAGAUUUUCUUAUCGUACCGCAACUGGGAGCGUUACAGAUAACCACGGAAUUUGGAAAACUCCGCGUUGAACCAAAUGAGAUAUUUGUAAUACAGCAAGGCAUGAGAUUCUCCAUUAACGUCUUUGGUCCAUCCAGAGGAUACAUAUUAGAAGUUUUUGACAAUCACUUCCAGUUACCAAAUUUGGGACCAAUUGGAGCAAACGGUCUUGCGAACCCACGUGACUUUCUGACCCCAGUCGCCUGGUACGAGGAUCGUGAAAUUCAAUUCAAAAUCGUUUCCAAGUAUCAGGGCAGAUUAUUCUCCUGCCGCCAGGAGCACAGUCCUUUUGACGUAGUAGCCUGGCACGGGAAUUACGUACCAUAUAAAUACGACUUGGAUCGUUUCAUGGUGAUAAAUUCGGUAUCCUUCGAUCACUGUGAUCCCUCAAUCUUCACAGUCCUAACGUGUCCAUCGUUGAAGCCAGGAACGGCUAUAGCGGAUUUCGUGAUAUUCCCACCGAGAUGGUCAGUCCAAGAACACACGUUCCGGCCUCCUUACUACCACCGUAACUGCAUGAGCGAGUUCAUGGGUCUUAUUAAGGGUCGCUACGAGGCCAAGGAGGAGGGUUUCCAAGCGGGCGGCGCGUCGUUGCACUCGAUGAUGACACCUCAUGGACCGGACGCACGUUGCUUCGAAGCGGCAUCGAAUUCAAAACUCGCGCCAGAACGUAUCGCCGAUGGGACUCAGGCUUUCAUGUUCGAGUCCUCGUUGAGCCUGGCCGUGACCAAUUGGGCUGAGAAGAUUUGCCAUAAAUUGGACGAGGACUAUUACAAAUGCUGGAAAGGACUGGUGAAGCAUUUCGAUCCCAAUUGGAAACCAGCUGACGAGCAAUAGUAUAAGAUUUUAGUUUUAUCCGCCAUUAGUGUGUACAUCGUAUGCGAUAUAACUCCGUAUAACUUUCUAUAUAUAUAAGAUAGGGCCUAAGAACGAACGUUUCUCUAACCUGCCCAAUCCGAAGGCCAUUCGGAUUCUCAGUCACGAGCGAUGUGAACUGUUGCUUGCGGUUUCUGGUUCCGGUACGUUCGUGAGAUUCUGUGCGAAAGUGGAAGCUUCUAGAAGUUUUUACUGUCGGUGUCAGUCGAAGCUGCUUGGUUAAUAUGGAUCGUAGAUGCGUUGGCCUCGAAGAGGAUAAAUAAGAAUUUACUUAUAGAUUUAGACGCAAUCGGGAUGUAUGUAGGUUAAAUGGAUUUUUUCGAAGUAAAGUCUGUUGUAUUAUAGGUUA